AUGCCUUUCCUGGGUGGUGGAAUAUCCCAGCUCAGGGAUUUUAUUUCCUUCCUUGGCACAGUAAAGGGCGAUUUGUCUAAUAUCACUGCUCCUCCAUUCAUACUGGCCCCCAAGUCUGCAAUCGAGCUACCGUCCAUCUGGGCGUCUUGCCACGGCCUGUUCCUGCAGCCAGCACGAGAACCCGACCCAACCGAACGAGCUCUGUUGGUGCUGAAGAACUAUCUAUGCAGUCUCCAUUAUCUUGUCGACCAGGAAGGUUCUGCAAAGAAGCCAUUGAACCCGUUUCUAGGCGAAUUGUUUCUUGGGUCCUACUUGAACCCGCGGCUGUCAGCAUCAGGCACCCGAUUUAUCGCGGAGCAAGUGUCGCAUCACCCUCCCGUGACAGCGUGCUUCAUCCACAAUAAAGAACUUGGAAUUUCAUCCACCGGGUUCGUCGCACAGGAGACUACGUUCGGCUUUACGGAAGGCGUGACAGUACGACAGCAGGGCUAUGCCAUGAUUGGUGACGAGAAGCAUGGGGAGAAGCACUUGAUGACGAUGCCCACCCUGAAAAUAAAGGGAUUCAGCUCAGGGCACACGUAUGUAGAUCUAGAGGGCCCGUGCUACAUCAGCAGUUCGAGUGGGCUUUUGUCGACCAUCGAUUUCAAAGAUUCCAGUAUGCUCGGCCUGGGAAGCCGGGGGCGAGUGACUGCAGAGCUGUGUCGUACGUCUGUCGAUUAUCAGAAAGAGCGAGUAUUGCAGGUUGAAGGAAACGUGGGUGGAAGUUUUGUUGUGCGAGACAAUAUGGGCAGAGUAACUGAAGAGUUUCAUGUGGACGACAUGGAAGUCACACCAUUGUCUGUCAAGCCCAUCGAGGAACAGUCGCAGUGGGAGUCUCGCAAAGCUUGGGACCAAGUAGUUGCUGGAAUUCGCCAAGGCGACUUUGAGAAGGUAAUUCGACAUAAACAAGCAUUAGAGGAUGAGCAGAGAAAGCGAAGAGCGGAAGAACUCGAGGAUGGUACGGCAUGGCAAACGAAGUUUUUCUGGAGAUGUGAGAAAGAUGAGCAGGCCUUAUCCUUGCUGCAGAGUAUCCCAGGGAGCCAAUUUGAUCCUGAAAGGACUAAUGGCUUUUGGAAGGUCAAGGGCAGUGAAUAA